AUGUCUAGAAUUACUUAGGAAUUAUUAAGAAAAAGGGCAGAGCAUAAUGAAAUGAUGUUAACAAAUUUAGAAGAAAUUUCAAUUCAUUAAGAAGAGUUAGUGAAAAUUGAAAAUUUAGAUGUGUAUUGUAGACAUUUGAAAAUAUUAUUGUUACAAAAUAAUAUAAUAGAGAAGAUGGAAAACUUAUAUAAAUUAAGAGAAUUGGAAUAUUUAAAUUUAGCAUUAAAUAAUAUCAAAUUAAUAGAAGGUAUUGAGAAUUGUGAAUCUUUAAUGAAACUUGAUUUGACAGUCAAUUUUGUGGAUUUAUAAAAUUUAGAGAAAUCUGUAUAAUGUUUACAAAAAUGUAGAUUAAAAGAGUUAUAUUUAACAGGAAAUCCAUGCACUGAGUAAAUUAUUUGUAAUAAUAUUGAAUAGUUGGCAAGGAUAUAGAGACUAUGUGAUUGGUUAAGUAGAUUCUCUUCAUUCAUUAGAUGGCAAAGAAAUAACACAUACAGAAAGGAUAAAGGCAAAAUAAAUAUUACCAUAAUUAUAAAAGGAAUUAAUUUAUGCAAUUGAGGAAGAGAAGAUUAAAGAAGAGUAAAGAAUCCAUGAGGAGAAGAUUAGAAAAGAAAUGAAUCCAAAUAGUGAAGAUAAAGUAGCAUAUACACCAGAAACACGUAAGGAGAUGUAUUUGAUAUAAGCAAAAGAAAAGUAAUUAAAUUUAAAUAUAAAUAUAGAGAGUAAAAAGAAAGAUAAAGAAAUCCAGAGAAAUUUAAAGUAAAAUAAGAAACACCAAUAUAUAUGAAUGAUGGAAGAAUUAGAUAAUGUGAUGAGGGAGGUUAUAAACCUUAAGUAAAUAAUUGGGAAGAUCCAGAAAAUGUCAUAUUUAAAAUGAAUAUUCCUAAAUAUCUAGACACUUCAUUAGUUAAAGUAAAUGUGAAUCCUACUUAUGUGUCUGUAAGAGUGAAAGACAAGCUUACAUAGAUUAGAUUGGAUGAGGAAGUGUUUUCUGAAAAAUCUAAGAUUUAAAGAUCAGAAAUUACAGGGGAAUUAGUUAUUACAAUGCCAAAAGUGAAUCCUAAUGAAUUAUUAAAAUAAAUAGCUGAGAGAAAGAAAAAAGAGGAUCAAUAAAAAUAAUAAGAAUAGAUAAAAAAAUUAGAAAUUAAAUAGAAAUAAGAGAGAUAAAAUUUAGAUUUAUUAAUAUAAAAAGCAUAAGCAAAAUUAACAUAAUAAAUAGAUGAUGAUAUACCUGAUUUAGAAUGA